CAGUUCUAAUUUAGCCCAAAAAGUACACCUGCAACGAGUAAUGCAUAACAGUGUUACGUGGAGGAAAGUUUACCUUUUUAUUUUUUUCCCAAUUUUGCUGUUCCUCAUCCAUUUCCGCCAUUUCUUUUCCGCCACUUUUACUAUAUAUUUUCUCUCUUCACUUUAAUUCUUUAGCUUAGUCCAGUUCCAAAUCGAAAUCCCAAUAACAUGUCUAAAAUUUUACUCUUCCAAACUGUUCAUUCAACGCCCAGAAUCCAUCCCAGAACUGUUACUUCCAUCCUCUCAAAGCCUCUUAUAAUCCCAUCAGUUUCCAAAUGUUACUCUCCCAUCUCUCCAUUUCAUUCCAUUUCUUUGCCAGCUCUUAAACACCAUUUCCAUAGCCCAAGCUUUUCGUUCCCUUCUUCUUUUUCAACUCGAGCUUUCGAUGAUUCUUCGUCUUCUAUCGAGACCCAAAAUGAAAAAGAAGAAAAAGUUGUUGAACAAUUGGAGAUCGAAGAGUAUCCUAGUGGGGAAAUGGAGUAUGAGAAAAUUAGUGGGUGGAAGAGUUUCGUUGUUAAGUUAAAGAUGCUUAUUGCUUUCCCUUGGCAAAGGGUUCGAAAAGGCAGUGUUUUGACUAUGAAACUGCGUGGCCAGAUAUCUGAUCAGCUAAAGAGCCGUUUCUCUUCAGGACUCUCUCUGCCACAAAUUUGCGAGAAUUUUGUAAAAGCUGCAUACGAUCCUCGCAUUUCCGGUGUCUAUCUCCACAUAGAACCUUUGAACUGCGGAUGGGGAAAAGUUGAAGAAAUUCGAAGGCAUAUUUUGAACUUUAAGAAAUCAGGUAAGUUCAUCAUUGCUUACAUCCCUGCAUGUGGGGAGAAAGAGUUUUACCUUGCUUGUGCCUGCGAAGAGAUUUAUGCACCACCAAGUGCUUAUUUUUCUUUGUAUGGUCUGACUGUUCAAGCUUCAUUCCUUGGAGGAGUUCUUGAGAAAAUUGGAAUUGAACCACAGGUUCAAAGGAUUGGUAAAUACAAAAGUGCUGGGGACCAACUUACACGGAAAAGUAUGUCUGAAGAAAAUUGCGAGAUGCUUACUUCAUUGCUUGAUAACAUAUAUGGGAAUUGGCUGGAUGUAGUUUCCUCUUCAAAAGGAAAGAAACGAGAAGAUGUUGAGAACUUUAUUAAUGAAGGGGUCUAUGAAGUAGAAAAGCUAAAAGAGGAGGGAUUCAUAACAAAUAUACAUUAUGAUGAUGAGGUUAUCUCAAUGUUGAAAGAAAGGCUUGGUGUCCACAAGGAUAAAAAGCUUUCUAUGGUUGAUUACAAGAAAUACUCCAAAGUUAGGAAGUGGACUCUCGGUUUAACAGGUGGUAAAGACCUAAUAGCUGUGAUCAGAGCUACUGGGAGCAUUAGCCGUGUGAGGAGUCCAUUAAGUUCGCCAAGUUCUGGUAUCGUUGCAGAGCAAAUCAUUGAGAAGAUUCGUAGUGUCCGAGAAUCAAAAAGAUACAAGGCUGUUAUCAUACGAAUUGACAGCCCCGGAGGUGAUGCUCUUGCUUCAGAUUUAAUGUGGAGGGAAAUCAAACUUUUAGCUGCAUCGAAACCUGUCAUUGCAUCCAUGGGUGAUGUGGCUGCUAGUGGAGGAUAUUAUAUGGCUAUGGCAGCUCAAACUAUUGUUGCUGAAAAUUUGACUUUAACUGGUUCAAUUGGAGUUGUCACAGGGAAGUUUAACUUGGGGAAACUAUACGAAAAAAUAGGAUUCAAUAAGGAGGUCAUUUCAAGGGGAAGAUAUGCUGAACUUCUUGCAGCUGAGCAGCGACCUUUCAGGCCGGAUGAAGCUGAGCUUUUUGAGAAGUCUGCGCAGAAUGCUUAUAAACAAUUUCGAGACAAGGCUGCAUUUUCAAGAUCAAUGCCUGUAGAAAAGAUGGAAGAGGUUGCACAAGGUAGAGUCUGGGCAGGUAAAGAUGCAGCAUCACGUGGUUUGGUUGAUGCUAUUGGGGGACUUUCUCGGGCUAUCGCCAUAGCAAAACAUAAAAUCAAGAUACCACAAGACAGGCCGACAACACAUUUUCAUUUAUCAGAAUAAGCAUCUUUUGUUGUCUUGCUCGAGCCAAGGGCAUUUAAGUUAUUCUUCAUCCGAAACAACUUUUACUAAGAUAGUGUUUUCGUGCUUUUGGAAAUAUUUGAUGUAUGUGGUAAUAAUGGAUUAGGUUACCCUCGUUGAGUUAUCGAGACCAUCGCCAACACUACCAGAGGUGUUAAGUGGGAUAGGGAGCUCCAUAGUCGGAGUAGACCGAACGGUAAAAGAACUUUUGCAAGACUUGACGUUUUCCGACGGGGUUCAAGCUCGGAUGGACGGAAUUAUGUUCCAGAGAUUGGAGGGAUUUCCCAAUGCUACCCCACUCAUCAGUUUGAUAAAAGAUUACCUCAGUUCACUUUGAUCUUAAACAACUAUUUUGGGGGGGGGGGAUAUUUUUGCUCUUUUGUCAAACUAUAUUUAAAUUCAAAAAAUCAUGAAGUUACCUUUUUUAUGUUGAAACUUUUUUUUUUAUCCCUGUAAUGUUCAAUAUAUGUAUUUAAUAACAUUGUUUGCGGUGGUGUGAUUGAGGAUAUUUUAUAAA